AUGCGCCUCAUCAACGUGGAGACGAUGAGGCUGGAGGAUUUUAUUGACGAGGAGAGCCCACCGUACGCCAUACUGUCGCACACGUGGGGUGAGGACCAAGAGGAGGUGUCCUUUGUCGACAUGCAGAAUGUAGCAAUCCAGAAACCCGGCAGAGGCUACAUCAAGGUCCAAGGGCUCUGUGAACAGGCCAAGAAGGACGACCUUGGCUACGCUUGGAUUGAUACCUGCUGCAUCGACAAAAGCAGCUCUCGGGAACUUGAAGAGGCCAUCAACAACAUGUUUCAAUGGUACGAGAAGGCCUCUGUUUGCUAUGCCUACCUUUCGGAUGUCCCGACCGGGGACGAUACCUGCGCCAAUGCAUCGAAAUUUUCCUCUAGCCGCUGGUUUAGGCGAGGAUGGACCCUCCAGGAGCUCCUGGCCCCGAAGAAGCUGACAUUCUAUGACCAAAGGUGGACUAUCCUGGGAACCAAAUUGACCUUGUCGAAAACGGUCUCCAGGAUAACAGGCAUACCCCGUUUAUUCCUACAUGGCUCCGUCGAGCUAGACCGGGCCAGCGUGGCGCAACGCAUGUCCUGGGCCGCCAACAGAAGCACAAAAAGAAGGGAGGACAUUGCAUAUUGCCUUUUGGGCAUCUUCCAGGUAGGCAUGCGCAUGAUCUAUGGCGAGGGCUAUAAGGCCUUCCACCGACUUCAGGCGGAAAUCAUAAAGAAGACGAGAGACGAUUCUAUUCUUGCGUGGGGCUUCAACCCCGAGGGAUCAUUGCCUACAGAUUUCGCCAACUGCCGAACUAUAGCAUCGAGAGAGCUUGACGACACGCCGGAAUAUACUCUCGAGAUAUCUGUCGACUAUCUCCGGGUACGCCUCUCUCGAUUUACGACCCCGACUGGCCAGACAUACGGCCUGCUCAACUGCGGUCCUAAGGACCGCCCACAGGAUGCUGUGGGAAUCCCCCUCGGCAGCACUGACUCUCGAGAGAAUUCCAAAGAGCUCAUUCGACCGCAAGGUCGCCCCUCGAUCCCACUUCGAAUGCAUGCGUCGCCUACGCCCCCGGCGUACGUCUAUGUCCGGAUUGGGCGGGAGGACACGGCCAUGAAUCGACGCCACUGGUUCUAUAUUGACGAUUCCAAUGAUGAUCUUGAUCUCUUGGACGUUUACCCCCGCUUUGUCUGGGACGAAGAUCACGCCAUGAUUGCGACGCCUGGCGCUUCCGACGAGACCAUCUUCCAGCGAUCGCUGACCCGAUUUCGUUCAAAGGACGAACAAUCUCAAGAUGUUAUAGUGGUGCUCGACUUCGAGGCACAGGAACCACGGCCAUCCGCCCGGUGCCACGUCAUGACAUGCUGCAGAGAUGUCGACUUGCGAAAUUUAUCCGAGAAACUCGACUCGAUGAGGAAGGAAGCUUUCGGAAAGCAGGGGGCCAGCUAUGGCAGACUUAAGACAUGGGUCACGAUCGAGGAAGAAUUGGUGGGCAAGAAUCAGCCAUGGUUUAUGGUCCGGCUAGCCACCGUGCCCAGCCUUCCGCAGGCUACUUUCGACGCAAGCACGGAGCUGCAACAAUUGGACUUGAGGCUGCAAAUGGCGGAAAUCUUGCAACAAGAAGACGAACUGCUCCCCGAAAUCGAAAAACUCGACGUCGAGCGGCAGACACUGGAUACUACUUUGGAAUUGAAUCGAGAACGCCUCGCCAUAGUAGAAGGAGAGAUGAAGAAGUUGUGUGAAGAAAGUGAAAUGCUGACGUCCGAAGCCGGCAAGGGGGGUCGGAAACUGCAGCAGCUCGCAACCAGUCUAAGGAAAGCCAGGCAGAUGCAGGACAGGCUCUCGAACAAGAAAACGGCGAUUCGUCGACUCCUCCAGGAGCCUGAAGACGACGGAACGGAAGCCCAGCCUGAUUGGAGGCCUGAGAGCACGCAUGAAACGGGCAGAACGAACGUCGACUCGUCGCCUCGGCCCUGUCCAAGGGCGCCGACGAGGGGCAGCCAGACACCGCUGGCUUGGGCCGCCGCCAACGGUAACCAGGCCAUUGCCCGAUUGCUGCUCGAGGACGACUCGGUCGACGUACAGUGCAGAGACGACGAGGGCCGAACGCCGCUGUCGCUGGCUGCAGAGAUCGGGCACGAAGCCAUGGUGACGAUGCUGCUGGACAAGGGCGCUGAUCCAAGGACAAAGGAUGAUGAUGGCCGCACGCCGUUGACGGUGGCUGUCGAGAGCAAGAACGAGGCAGUCGUCAGACUGUUGUGCGACCAUACGGAUGCCAUAGUCAGCCCUCCACAGUCGAGCGAUGGGCUGAAGGGACAGAGGCUGAGCACGGGAGCCAGCUACACCAAUCUAGCUGAACCGCGACGGCCACCGCCUUUGCCGCCGAGAUUGUCCACGGACGUCCCGGUCUUUGAGCUACCUGCCAGUCCUAAAGAAGUCAGGAAUGACGAGGUAGCGCCUUCCAGCAAAUGCAAGCUGAAAGAACGUAGCUCCAUGUAUGAUAGGUUCGCCCACGAUGGUUUUCCCUUCUAUAGCCUGACCGACGGUCCACAGCACAUGGUGCCUCUGGCAACCAGGUACUGGCACCACCUAACCCUGGACGCCUGGAAGAUUUAUGAACGCAUCUACGACCGCUGCCGCGACCGCCAAGGCCAAGUCCCUUACUCGAGAUUCUGCGAGCAGUUCCGCCCCUGGGACGCGCCGACGACCGAGACCGUGGCCAAGACGUGGAGCCGGCUGCUUGACGAGGGGAGCGCCAUCGCCGACUCGCGACAGCCCAAGGGUCUCGUCAUGGCGACGCUCUACAUGCUGCAUGUUGAGCGCUUCCGCUCGGACGCCCGGCCCAUCGACGACGACCCCGACGGCGGCGUGCCCCCGAUGCGGCGCCAGACGCUCCGCGCCUUUGGCGCCUGGCUGCAGUGCCGCUGCAGGGCCGACUGCGACGUCUGGUGGAAUUUUGCCAACGACUCGGGCCUGCACCGCGGCGGCCGGCCUCUGGCGUGCGCCCUCGUCAAGUUCACCGACAACGGCAGCAGGCCGAGCCUCUUCGGCUCGGGCAAGAGGGAGGAGCAGUUGCGCAACGAGAUGUUUGAUGCCUGGGCCCUGGUGCAAUAA